AUGGCUUCGCAAGGCAAGGAAGCUGCUUCAAGCAGCAAAGAAGCCGCACCCACCAACCCGCGAGGUAUUCCAUAUGCGCCUUUCGUCGACAAGGUCGAGGACUAUGUCACCUCACGCGAAGAGGUCGAGGGAACCCUGCGCCAGUUCCAGGAGAUGAUCUCAAAGUACCAGUUCAUGGAGCUCAAUCUCCAGAGGAGGGUAGCAGGUUUGGAGGACAAAAUGCCCGAUAUUCAGAAAACGCUCGAGACUGUGCGUUUCUUGAAGACGAGGACAGAGGAAUCCGACCCGAUUGACACAACUUUCGAGCUCAACGACACCCUAUAUGCGAAAGCUUCGAUACCGCCCACGGACGAGGUCUAUCUUUGGCUCGGCGCAAACGUAAUGCUGUCAUACCCGAUAGACGAGGCAGAGACCCUUCUGGAGCAGAAGCUGUCUGCCGCAAAGCAAAGCCUGUCCAACUGUGAGGAGGACUUGGACUUUUUGAGAGAACAGAUCACGACUAUGGAGGUUGCUAUCGCCAGAGUAUACAACUGGGACGUUGUGCAAAAGCGGAAAGACAAGACUGUGGAAGAAAAGGGCAAGGAAGGUGGCAAUGCCAAGGAGGGCUGA